GCGGUGGAGGAGCUGGUCAGGAACUGGUCAGGAGCGGUCGGCAGUGAAGGAAUCUCAAAACUUUUCCAAAACAUAGUUUACUGCUCCGUUACCUGCUCCAGUACACGCCCAGUUUACCGCCGAAUAUCAAAACUGCGUCCCCGUCUUCUUAUCGUGCCUGUCCGGGAUGUAGUGGAUGCAAGUGACGGCUUGGAAAAAAGGAAAGUUGGGAGAGGGAAAACUUGUGGAAUGAUGCCCGACCGACUGCAUCCCUCCCUCCAAAGUUCAGCUAAGGUUGCUAACGUUAGCUAGCGAAGGAGCCAGCUUCGGCUAGCUGUUAUGUGAAAGUUUGGAUAAACUUUUGUCUGACUGGUAAAACACGUAGAAACACGGCAUCUGUGAUAGUGGAGGAAGCGUGUGGAGAUCGGAGAGCUGUGACAGACUGAAAGCGUCCACCCCGGGUUUGUUAUCAUAGCCGGGGCUAGUGCAGCUAGCUGAUACACAGCUAACUUUAUUACAAGUUAACUACAGUUAAGCCGCCGUGAGGCAUGACAGGACACACCGCUCAGCUCCAUCACGCAAACAGUGCAGUAGUUUAACGCUUCAGGAAGCUGUGUUCAGACCUGCUGAGUUGUAUCCUUAGCUAUGCUUGAGGAGACGAGGAGAGGAGCCAUGGUUACCUUUGCAUGUGAAGGCGGCUGGAUGUACUGAGAUCACAAAAUGACUCUAAUGCCCGUGGAGAGUUCUGGAAAGCAGUUUGGGUUUUAGAAAUCUAACUUUUAUUUGGAUGCAGCUGUGUUCAAGCCACCUACAGCCAGUACUGUGUUUUUACAUUUUUGGUAUUUGAUGACAUCCUUGCCUUCUUGUCAAGUCUUUCCGGGAGGCCUUCCUGCAUUGUUACGAACAUUGCUCAUCAUCUGCAUCCAGAGGGCUCGGAUCUGGGAUAAGGUGGAGAGCAGCCAUCAUGAAGGUGACAGUAACAUUUGGGCAGACAGGUGUGGUGGUGCCAUGCAAGGAGGGAUGGACCGUGAGGGACCUCAUCCAGCAAGCCACGCAGAGAUACAGAAAACUCCUGGAGCAGGAAGGAGAUUUCUUCAUUCGGACGCACCAUGUUGAAUACUGUGACGGGGGGAUUCUAGACCCCGACGACAUACUCAGCGAUCUGGUGGAAGACAAAGACAAGCUGAUGGCGGUUUAUGAGGAACAUGAAGCCCAGCAGAGGAGCACGGCUAACACAAGCCUGGCCCCGAGUCCUGACCACUACCAGUCUGAGCUCUCGGUUUUCCAGCCAAUCACGGGAGGAGAGAUUGAAGUCAAUUCCUCAGCACUCAAGUCCAACACACCCCUGCUGGUGCGAAGCAGCAGUGAUUCUGCCCUCAGCCCCCAACCAGCAGAGUCUGAGCCCUCCUUCAAGGAAGACAACACUUUGAUGGCAGCUGGUCCCACUGUGGAGAGGCCAGCAGGGGUGGAGCGGCCAGCCAAACACCCCUUCAGUGGAAGCCUGACCAGAAUGGUGGAGAUCCUAGGAGAGGACAGCCCUCUGGGAAUCCACGUGGUUCCCUACUGCUCGUCGCUCAGCGGACGGGCUCUUGGUCUGUAUAUCCGUGGAGUGGAGGAAGAGAGCCGCUCCAGAAAGGACGGCCUGUUUCAGGAAGACGAGUGCAUCGUGAAAAUCAACGACACCGAUCUCAUGGACAAGACCUUCAGCCAAUCUCAGGAUGUGUUCCGUCAGGCGAUGCGUUCCCCGGUUGUACGCCUGGAAGUCGUGCCUUCUUUCAACAGAGAGCGCUAUGAGAAGAGUCUGAUUGGUCAGCUGUUUGGCAAUAAUACCGGUCCCACCGGCAGCCCCCGAAACACCAAAGAGCCUCCGCCCCCUGUCAAAGCCAAACCUGUGUUUAAACCCUCGGAGAAUUCAGCCGUGCGGCUGGCGGAAGAGACGGCCGGCCUCGAGCCGGGUUUCAGUACCCCGAAGGGGAAAAGUGAGAGCCCCCUCCUGAAGAAAAGCCCCGCCCUCUCUAGCUUGAUGGCCAAUAAGAGAGGAGGACGAAGACUAAGGAUCGAUUUAAAGAAAGGUCCAGAAGGUCUUGGAUUUACUGUAGUGACCAGAGAUUCUUCGGUGCACGGUCCCGGUCCGAUUCUAGUGAAAAACAUUCUGCCCCGCGGGGCUGCGGUGAAAGAUGGACGCCUUCAGUCUGGAGACCGCAUACUCGAGGUAAACGGUGUGGAUAUCACAGGCGUGGGCCAGGAGGAGCUGGUGUGCAUGCUGCGCAGCACGCGGCAGGGCGAGAGCGUGUCUCUGGUGGUCCUCCGGCAGGAAGACAUGUUCCUACCCAGAGAAAUGAGGGACGAGGUGUCCCGCGUGCCGAGCGUGGUCUCAGAGAAUGGAAAGGAGCAGCUCAUGUUUGAGGUGCCCCUCAACGACACCGGCUCGGCGGGGCUCGGCGUCAGCCUCAAAGGGAACAAGUCCAGGGAGACGGGAGAGGAUCUGGGAAUCUUCAUCAAAUCCAUCAUACACGGAGGAGCUGCCUACAAGGAUGGACGCCUGCAUGUCAAUGACCAGCUGGUGGCUGUAAAUGGAGAGUCUCUACUGGGACGCCCCAAUCACAUGGCCAUGGAGACGCUGCGGCGCUCCAUGUCACAGGAGGGCAACGUCAGAGGGACCAUCCAGCUGGUGGUGCUGAGAGCUUUAAAGGAUCAACACGGUGGAUCCCCCAGUCGCUCAUUUGACAGCUCCUCUGGCCUCUCUGCACCGAUGAGCCCGAUGAACGGUCAGGCCGCUGAGACCGUUCACCUCCCUCUGGUGACCAACGCCAUUUAUGCAUCUAAUGUAACCAACGGGAGUUACUCUCACAUGGAUGAGGAAGAGGACGGGCUGCUGUAUGGACACGACGCUGACUUCAGCAGCUCCAAUCAAAACUCUUAUCUCCAGGAAAGGGAAAAGCCUCACGUCUCCAGCCCGGCUCAGCCCCAGUCUCCCACCCAGAACCAGAACCAGUGGCAGAUCCAGCACGUCAAAGCCUCGAAGAGCAUGGACCUGGUGGCAGAUGAGAACAACGUUGGAUCCCUGGCCGGAAGCAAUGCAGAUGAUGGUACCGAGCCCAGUUCAGGUCGGGACACGCCUGCGAGUAGUUCCUCUCGGCAGGGAGUUGGUGACCAGGCCGAAGAAAAAGGCAAGAAAGAGAAGAAAAAGAAGGCAAAAACAAAGAAGAAAGAAAAGAGCAAGGUGAAGGGGAAAGAGAAGGAGAAGAAGAAGACCGAGGAGCCCGAGGAGACGGAAAAGAAGAGCAAGAAAAUCGGCUUCGGCCUGCUGAGAUUUGGAAAGAAAAAAGAGGAGAAGAAGGAAGCGAAGGCCGCUCUGCAGCGACAAAAGUCAGACCUCCUGAGUGACCAUGAGCUCGAGAGGAUGAAAGAAGAGAGAGAGAGAAUCGAAGCAUCGCAUCCCGAGUUACAAGAUCAGCGGCAGGGCGGCGGCGGCGGUUCGGCAUAUCCCGAUUUUGAAGAUGAUGACGCAGAUCCCAACUACGCCCGUAUACAAUCCUUCAGGGACCGAGAUAUGGGCUCGGUGCCACAGCCUCUGUCUCAGUCGCCUCCCUACAGAGCGUUUCAGCACGCUCGUACACCUUCCCCUCUCGGCCCAUCCGGCUUUCAAGGGCACGGAAAUCAUACUAACGAGCCCGGAGUCAUCCCCGAUGAUGAUCCUCUGGAUAGGCUCUACGCCAAAGUCAACAAAUCAAGGGGAGCUGGAACUACGUCUCCUCCUGCUCCUCCUCAGGCUAAUGACAGUAUGGACCGGAUCCAGCAGCUGAGACGAGAAUACCAGCAGGCUAGAAGAGAAGGAAUGGUGCCGCCAUAUGAAGAGUUGGACCCACGACGCAGAGGCCAUGAAAACGACCCACACAGGGUGCCGGGCAGAGGGGCAGAUCACCGUCUGACACCACGCUAUGAAGAGGUGGAACGCCAGUAUGCCUCCUUACCGAGACGAGGUCCGUUAGAUGCAGCUGACUACCCCAUGCAGCCAUGGUCAGGUCCCUACCCCGGGCCUCCACACGCCCAGCAGGGAUACCCCCAGGCACCAUCCUACCCCACCUCCCAGUCUGCCCCAUCUUAUCCCAACUACCCACCUGGUCAGCCAUACCCACGGCAAGGAGACCCUCGAGGCAUCGACCCUGGCUACUACCCCCACCCUAGCUCUCAGCAGAGAGGGCCCCUGCGGCAGGAUGUGCCCCCAUCUCCCACCCCGCCUCUUCGGGGACUGCGGUACGACACGAUGACACGUGGAACUGGGGGUGGGGGUUACAGGUAGGGCCGAUUUGUGGGUGGAGACCAUUCCAGGCACCGGUGGGAGCUCGGUACAGACCAGCGUGGCUUUACUCGGGACGGAGGAGGACAGCAACAGCAAACAAACCCAAAGCAGAAGACGGCGUGACUGCAGCUGUGCAGACACAUCGAGUCCUGACAUGACAAUAAGCACAAAGUCACGUCUUCAUAGACGCAGUUUUCCUGCGUUCAGCUCUCCACUGAAGUUAAAACCUCAUAAUGCGAUGAUCCGAAUCCCCGACAUUAUCAAACCGUGUGUGUGCUGGUAGGAGUGUACGGUAAGGUAAAGGAGGUUAAUUACAGAGUAGAGGAUGCGUAAUGUCUUGUUUGUUUGAAGUCAUUUAAAUUGCUUUGAAUCUUCGGAGAGUUUAAAAUGAGCAGGUUUUUACUUUUCACUGUACUCUGAUUAAGUUGUCUCUUGUAAGAAUCUGUCAGGGCUGCAGAGGUAAUUGGAUCCAUUUAAAUUAAGCUGACAUUCACAGCCGCUGCUGCAGCAGGAUAAAGGACAAUAUCCACAAAUGCAAGCUAAAGUAACGCACUAACACUGACUGUAGAUGGAGGUUCAUGCAGAUAUGAAUAACUCUUUAUUAUGUUUGUGUAAUGAAAGCGUAUUUAUUCUCGAGAUCCGACCGUUCACGUGGGCAAAGAUGGGACUGCAGCGCCUCCGCUUUUCCAAAACAUUCCUCCUUUCCUCUCUUAGUAAUGGCUGCACAUUACAGCGCUCCAAUCAGCACUCUGGAACGCUUUAUUCCUCCAGAUAAACAAAAACACUCGUUUAGAGGCCGGCCGAUGUCUGAAGUGACCAAUCAGGGAUCAUGCCACUAAUACCAGCAGAUUUCAUCCUCAUGAGUAAUCUGAUCAUAUCCUGUGUUAUCAAAAAGAGUUAUUGAUACGUGUGAAUCACACUGAGCAGCACUAUACGAAUGAUCUGUCCUCGCUGUUCGGUGCAGGACGAGGCGGAGCCCACGUCUGCUCCGUGGUUCGCUCCACGUUUGUUUGACCCUGUUGCUGCGUUUCGAAGCAGCUUAAGAAGUACGAAAUAUCUCAUUUUAGCAGAACUGUAAAUUAUCUAUGGAUGGUCGCUUUAUUUAAAAAGACCUCCACGUGAAUGUAUGAUGAGCUUACGUUUUACAGACACGUCCACCUGUGUGGAGUGAUUUGAUUUUCCGACUUCCUGCAAGAAGCUCCGGAAAAGGCAGGACGACAAUAACACAGUCGGGGUAAUCGAGGUAACCAGGUGUUCCACAGGUGGAGCUGUUUUCAUUCUGCCUUCUUUUAAAGCGUCUCUGAUGUGUUGGAGCUGUUUGAGCUGCUUUUCCAGCCCGCCGAGUAAACCGGACAGAGAGGAUUUUCUUUUUUAGGCAGCUUUUUGCAGAGCGGGGAUAGAGGUCGCUUUCACUGUUACUCUGCACCGUGCGCUCUGCUUUGGAUUUGAAGGACGGUUCAGUGACCCGACGGUGUAGGCAUCACUGCUCGAACAUGAAGUGAGCUUCAGAGUGCUGUCAGCGCCGCACCAUAAUGCAGAUCCAUUUUGCCACUUAGCAAAAGUUAAGUGUGACUAAGAGUUAAAGCCUUGCAUAACAUCUGUGUUUCACACCACAAAGCUCAGCAGUAUUACUUUCAAUGGAGAUUAAAUGUCUAAAAUGACACCUCGGUAUCGGGCGGACUGCGGUUCUCUCAGUGUGGCCGAGGCUGAAGGUCCGCCAACCUGAAUGUUGAGAUUAAUGCAAAAGAAUGUAACAUGUAGAUUUUAUCAGAAAGGCUUUUGUGUUGGAAGAGUUGGAUAAAGGGAGGUUAAGGAAAGGUAGAGAAAGAUGUGAGAACAGGUAGAAAAGAAAAAGAGGGAAAUAAAGAGAGAAAUGUCAGGGAUGUGUAAUAUUUCAGAAUAAAUAUGAAAAGGAAACGGUUGAAGAAAUGGUCCGAGAGGUAAAUGCAGUGCAAUUUGUGCAGCAUUAGUUGUGCUGUAGGAGUGAAUGUAGUGACUUUGUGAAGUUUUCAUAAUUAUUUCUCCUUUCGUGUUGUCACGUUUCACCAGUGUGAAAACCAGACUUGCAAAUCAAGUAAUAAAGCACAUUUUCAGAGACUGAUGAACAAAUCACCUGCCGGGUUUAGAGCAGAAACACUGAAACAACUCGCGUCCCCUCGGAUCGCUUUCUCCUCGCUGAUGAUGAUGAUGAUGUUACAGAGUGAGCAGCACCUGAGAAAAUGAUCCUUCUGAGAACAUGUGAAGGAUUUUCAUGGCAAACAUGUCAGGAGUCUCCCCGCUGUGUGUACCUGGAUGCUGGGUCAGCGCCUGGAGAAGCUUUUAAACAGUAUUUGAAAAACGUGACGCGUUGCAUGAAGGCGUAUCUGUUUCAUUACACAGUUUUCACGUAUGUAACUCUUCACAAGCAUUUAUUUUUACGUUUCUUUUUUUAAUGCUAGUUGAUGAUGUUGAAUCGGACCAGAGCCACGGGAUGUUUGGCUUUCGUUGCCACGGGUACGCUGCAGAGCUUCCAUCGCUUUUUUCCUCCUCGUGUCGUUUAAACUGCACGAGCAGUUUUAAACUCUGCGCAGCGUGGCUGACGCGUCGAGCAUCCUGCAGGGCUCUUUGGUCUUUAGCAAGUUGCACAAGUUGAAGGUACUCGCUAGAAUCUUCUGUACGAAGGGUUUCUGCUACUCCUGCUUCUCCUUUUAAAGAGAUGUAGAAGGAACCAACUAAUAACCUCUGUUACCUAGAAGUAUAACAUGCUUUAUCAUAACGCUCGAAUAUACGAAAAAGUCAAAUUUCAUUUUAUAAUGUAACAAUUCUGUCAUUGUUU